AUGGAACAGAGUCAAAAAUUCAACCAAACUAAAGAAAUUUUCCCAAGAGAUAUUUCAAAGUCUCUAACCGAAGGUAUCCCUCAGAAAGCAACCGUUGGCUUCAGUGAUGGUCUCAGAGCAUUUGAGAAGUCAUCGAUCACCUGCUUCGCUUUUGACCAUGAAAGAGAGAAGGAAGGUUUGCAUUUCACUGAGAGUCAUCCUAUUGAGAAAUAUUUUAGUGAUGAGCAUAAAAUGAAGUAUCUCAGUGAAGCUAAGGUUGCCUUUGAUUCCUACCAAAACUACUUUGGCAUGCAACAAACAAGUCCUGACUCAAAGUCACUAGAUAAUGGCUUAUUAUUUAACUAUGACAUGAUUCUUUCUGAGUAUGAUAAUCCAAAUGCAUUCAGGAGUGAUUUGGACCUCGGAAUGAUGAAGAAUCGACGAACUGUCUCCUCUCCAAUUAAGAAAGAGCAGGGGAUCAAGUCUCUUGAGAUGUCUUUGAAGGAGAAAUCUAUUAUUAAAAUCCCAACUUGAGGUAUGAAGGUGAAGAGCCAGACAAGUUCUAGUACACCAAGAAGUGUAGAUUCAAUAAAAUUGUCGACAUUGCUAAAAUUUUUGGCAAAAACUAGGGGAGUCGACAAGUCAAUGAUCUCUGAAGAUAUCGUUGAUAGGACCAUCGAGCUAGGACAGCAAAAGGUUGCGGAACAACUUCAAAUCCCAUACAGAAGAUACAAGACAAUCUUAAGUAAAGCUGGAAUAAAGACCAUUGCUGGAAGGAAAGUCCAAAAUCUCAAACUUGAAACAAAGUUGGUUGAAUGGUGUUUGCAGGCGAAGAGUACUCAGAAAGUCCUCUCUAGAAAGAUGAUUCAGAGGCAAGCUAUUGCCUUGCAGAAAAAUUUCAUCAAGAAAGGAGAAAAAUCUUUGGAAAAGGUAAAAUUUUCCAAAGGAUGGCUUGAUAAAUUUGUCAAACGACAUGAACAAAUAAGAGAAUAUGUAACAUCCCAAAAGAGAAAAAAGAAUAUGUAGCUUCAUUUUCU